CGACCGUCUCGUGUACCCCGCGGAGGUGCUGCGUUUCCGUGCUCCAACGUGCACGACACAGCCGUAACACGCAUACAGCCACACGUACAUGCGACUCCAGCCUCACACACAUACCCGUUCUACGCCGAUACGUUUUUACGUGGCCGUGCACGCACGCCUGGCCCACCCACACAAUCGCAGAAUCGUGGAUAGGCGCGCGUGUGUACCGUCCACCUUCACGCACACACACACACACCUGUUCCAUCGGUCGCGAGGAACACGCCGAUAUCUCGCGACAAUCCGCGACAGUUCGACGACGCGCGUGUUUAUCAAGACCAUCUGGAACUGGUGCUUAAUAUCGUCGAAGCCAACGCGGGGCUCGAAUCAUCCCCCGCGGUGGAGGUGCAGGAGGAGGAACCAACUCUCUGCAGCGUGGAUGCUGCCGACGUUGCAAGCCUCCAUGCCUGGAUCGCGUGUUUUCGGUGAAUUCGAUGGAAAUUUCGUCGAUGGAGCACGUGGAUGGAAGGAUCGCGCGGAUCGCAGCCAGAUCCGCAAUGUAUCAAAGUGUCUUCACCUUCGUACGAUUCGGGAUUCACUGAACGACUGAUCGUUCGAUUCAAAUGUGUCCGGCUGGCAGAAAUUCUUCCGUAUAUUUCGACAUCUCGUGAAUGAAACAGCGUUCGAACUGUUCGAGCUGCGAAAGUGGAUAUCAAGUGGAACUGCCAGGUGAAUAUACACCGAAAUUGGGACAACGUCCGUCGGCGAUUCGCGUGAAUUUCUCCCGGUAAUCGGCGAGGCACGUGCCCCGUAAUGCGAACGGUGCAUUAGACGAACAGGUGGGAACGGAGUGCGAGCGCAUCACGUGCCGUUCACGCGCGCGUUCUUUUGCAAACAAAAAAAAAAAACAAAAACAAUUCGUGUGCCCGUUUGGGGGGACAGAACAGCGACAAGCGGAUCGGUGGAGAAUUCGUGAAAGAUCCACGGAAGAGGCUGUCGCGAAGCUGUCGGUCUUUAUCGAGGCUACGUCACGUGAACAACAACGCGACUCGACUCGAUUAAUUAUCGACGAUCGUGGUGAAACGAGCUUCGACUUCCAAAGGAAAAGGCUGUCGAGGAGGAGGAGAGAGAGAGAGAGAGAAAGAGAGAGAGAAAGGGGGAAACGAAGAAGAAGGAUCGUAACGACCUAGCGAUAUCGCACGAUCAAAGGCAACCGUACCGAGGGAAAGGUACCUGUCGCGACGCGAGAGUGCACGUAAACAUCUCAUCGAAAAGCCCGGUCCCCCGUAUCCUGGAUCGACUCCUCGUCCUCGUUCGAAAGCCGAGACGAUCUCUCUCGCUGCGAGGCGAUCCUUCGCGCCUCCUCUGUCUCACGAUAUCCGAGAACGUUCGAACGCGAGGUCAAGAGAGAGAAACUCGCGAGAAACUCCGAUGCACGUCACUUUUCCAAUUUUCCAAAGUUUCCAAACGAUUCUUCGUUCUUCACGAAACCUGAAGUGUUUUCUUCUCUUUUUUUUUUUUUUUUUUUUAUUCUUUGAACGAGUGUUUGAGAAGUGUUUGACGAAGUGGAGAACCGUGAGAUUCAAGGUAUAUAUAUAUAUAUAUAUAUAUAUAUAUUUACAUAUAUAUUUAUAUUCCGAUCAACGAGUGGCUCUUCUGAUAAUCUGAGGUGUGUGCGGACCGAAAUUAAGCAUCGAAGAAGUGAAGUGUGAUCGACGAACGGGGGAUGAUCGUAUGCAAUCGUAACCGAUAGUCCGCAGUCGGUAGUAUGUGACGAGUGUUUUUCUGAACCGAAUCCUAUCCUUGGAAUAACUUGGCCGGAUAUAUCCAGAGAGGCGUCGAGUGGCUCUGAUCUCAGUUUCGACUUGAAAUCGUCGGGAGUGGCUGGAAGAAGAAGGAGAAGACGAGCGCAGGUGACCCACGGGGAAUGGUGAUGCGGUAGUCGAAGGAUUCCUCGUGAGGAAAGACAUGAGGGCGGCCGCCGCCUACGUCCUGUUCCUUGCCCACCUCAUACAGGCGACGAACGCGAGCGGAUUCUUCGAGGUGCAGAUCCUCUCGCUGACGAACAACAGGGGCACCCUGGUGGACGGUAGGUGUUGCGGCGGAGGAAGCGAUGGCGGAGCAAAGGGAGAACUACCACCGUGCACGACACCGUGCUCGACAGCCUUCUGGCUCUGUUUGAAAGAAUAUCAAUCGAACGUCACUGCCAUCGGCUCGUGCAGUUUUGGCAACGUAUCUAGUCACGCCCUCGGCCAGAACACCUUCACCCUCAGCGAACCUGUCACCCUGCAACUUCAUUUCACCUUCCGAUGGACGAGGCAAUUCACGCUGAUCCUGCAAGCGAGAGACGAGGCGAACACAGGCGUGAUCGAGGAAGCGAGUUUCAGCGGCAUUGUCCUGCCAGGGCCCACGUGGCACACUCUCAAUCAUGAAGGAAGAAACGCUCAUCUAGCUUAUCGCGUUCGGGUCCAGUGCGCGGACCAUUAUUACAACGCGACCUGCACGAAGUUCUGCAGGCCGAGGAACGAUAUAUUCGGCCAUUACACCUGCGACGAGAACGGCGAUAAGGUGUGCAUACAGGGGUGGAAAGGCGCCGAUUGUGAAAUAGCGGUUUGCAAGGAGGGUUGCCACCCAGUGCACGGCCACUGCAACGUGAGCGGCGAGUGCAAGUGUCGACACGGAUGGCGCGGUGAACUGUGCGACCAGUGCACACCGUAUCCCGGCUGCAAGCACGGAUACUGCAACGGUUCCAGCUGGCAGUGUAUCUGCGACACGAACUGGGGUGGUAUCCUCUGCGACCAGGAUCUCAACUAUUGCGGCACGCACGAGCCCUGUCAGAACGGUGGCACGUGUGAGAAUACAGCGCCAGAUCAAUAUAAGUGCACCUGUCCCGAGGGAUUCUCCGGACCGACUUGCGAGAAAGUCGACAAUCCCUGCGCCUCCAACCCUUGCGUCAAUGGAGCGACCUGCAGAGAACUGGGAGAGAGCGCUCAUUGCGAAUGCGCUCCUGGAUUCUCCGGGCCUUACUGCGUCACGGACAUCGACGAAUGCGCGUCCCAACCUUGCCAAAACGGAGGCACCUGCGUUGAUGGGAAGAACGGGUUCGCGUGCAACUGUCCACCAGCCUGGCAGGGCAUCCUGUGUCAGUUCGACGUGGACGAGUGCGCCUUGAAGGAAUCGCCGUGCAAGAAUUCGCUGACCUGCGUGAACCUUGCUGGCGACUAUAAGUGUCGCUGCAGGAGCGGUUUCACGGGGAAAAAUUGCACGAAGAACAUCAACGACUGCGUCGGCCAGUGUCAACACGGAGCGCUGUGCAUCGACCUGGUCGACGACUAUCACUGCAGCUGUACCGCGGGAUAUUCAGGCAAGGAUUGCGACGUGGACAUCGACGAGUGCGCCUCGAAGCCUUGCCAAAACGGCGGCGAAUGCAGAGACCUGGUGAACUCUUACGAGUGCGUGUGCCCAGUCGGUUUCACCGGAUAUCAAUGCGAGAUCGACAGGGAUCACUGCAGCCCGAAUCCAUGCAGAAAUUCUGCGCCAUGCUUCAACACGCAAACGGACUACUAUUGCCACUGUCCAGAACAGUGGCAGGGGAAGAACUGUUCCGAGCCGGCAGCCCAUAAUCCGCAAUUCGGCGUCAUGGAUGAAGAGUCUGGCUGCGGUAGCGAGGGCACGCCAUGCGGAGGCAGAGGCAGAUGCAGCGGCGGUAGAUGUAUUUGCGAUCCUGGAUACACAGGGAUGCACUGCCACGAGAACAUCAACGAUUGCAGAGGGAAUCCUUGCUUGAACGGCGGCACUUGCGUCGAUUUGGUUAACUCGUUCCAGUGUAUCUGCAGGGAGGGAUGGACUGGAGAUUUAUGCGAUCAAGACGUAGACGAGUGCACAGCCUCCCCUUGUCGCAACAACGGCACCUGCGUCGACGGAGUGGCGGACUUCACCUGCAUUUGUAGAGACGGCUGGAAAGGGAAAACCUGCGCCCUUCGUGCCGGCCACUGCGAACCUGGUACGUGUCGCCACGGUGGAACUUGUCAGGAUCGUGGUGAUGGAUUCACCUGUCAUUGUCCUCCAGGAUGGGAGGGAGCUGCCUGUCACAUAGCGUCGCCAGCGUGCGCGAGUAAUCCUUGCGAGAACGGAGCGACCUGCGUGAACACCGCCGAUGGCAAUUACAGAUGCGUCUGUCGCGAAGGUUUCGAGGGGCCGAACUGUCGUCGAGACGUUGACGAUUGUCAACCGUUACCGUGUUUAAACGGAGGGAAAUGCGUAGACGGAAUCAAUUGGUUCAGGUGCGAAUGUGCAGCAGGUUUCACCGGUCCGGACUGUCGGAUAAACGUGAACGAAUGCGCCAGUGACCCCUGCACAAGUGGAUCGACAUGCGUGGACGGUAUAGCGAUCUACUCCUGCAUCUGUCCGCCAGAUAGAACCGGUGCUCGCUGCGAGAUCCGCACCGCCGGUGGCCCAGGAUGCCCCAUAGCCAGCUGGGACGACGACUGCAACGUCUGCGAGUGCAGAAACGGCAAGAGCCAAUGUAGCAAUAUCUGGUGCGGUCCUGGCAACUGUCUGAAUGGUACAUCGUGCCUAGCUCACGAGGUCUGUGUACCCAGUCCAAGCGAGAGUUGCCUGGCUCCGUCGUGUCUAGCUUGGGGUGAAUGUCGUCCAAUAGAAACCGGAAGAAGAGUAGGACCACCUGCUCUGCCUGCGCCGCCUUCUUGUUGGCCUGGACAGGCCACACCAGGUCCAACCUGUUCCAGAUUGACCAUCUUGUUAAGAAGAGACACUCUCGCCACAGGCACGUCCGUCGAGAUCCUCUGCAGACGAUUGAGGAAGCUCCUAGCUGACCCAAGAAGGCCGCAAUCCAUCGUUCUUCUGUGCGAUCUUAAACCUGGAGACAACGACACAGUGGAAGUGACUGUCUUCUCCGAAGCAGCCGCGGACGCGGCCAGAGAUCUAGGUGAAGCUCUCAGCAGACCUCUGGGCAGACCUCUCGCUCUGGCCUCCGUGCUGGAGGUCAAAGUGGAGACGGCCUUGCUCAGUGAGCCAAGUUCCGUGAACUCCAACAGCGCCGGUAGCUACGUGGCCGUUCUAGGCGGAGCUCUGGCGACAAUUUUAGUCCUCGCGCUGUUCGGUGGACUGUGGUAUCUUAGAACGAUCAGACAGAGAUCGAGUUUGACCGCAACGACCAGCAGCGAGACCUCGUUGCAUCGGCAUCGUAGCGAUUUGGACGAAAAGUCGAACAAUCUUCAAAACGAGGAGAACCUGAGGAGAUACGCGAAUCCCUUGAAAGAUCAGGAUCAAGGAGAGCCAAGGGUCUCCGUGGUGAGACCUCUGUCGGGGACUUCGUUGGCUCUUGGCGCGACAGAAGAAAGUUUGGAGAUGGUCUCCGAGGACAGUAGACAUCGUUUGCCACCGCUUUACAAACCUCCGAGCGCCGAGGCCAGGAACAACACUGCCAGUUUCACGUACGAAGAAGGACCCCACAAGCCGUACAGUAAACCAAGACUCCAGGAGCCGACGUAUUCUUCUCACCAGCAACCAGGCACUAGCCAGACUUCAGGAUCCCAUCAAGUGCUCACGGUUCACGUGUAACACGAUGGACUUGCGAAUGUUUAAAUACAUCGACCUUCGAGGAAAAAAAUAUUGUCCAUACUUUCGGACGAAGAGAACAGCUGCCAAGGACAUCAAGGAAGAAUGAUCAUUAAUGAUUGGCUUAGUUUUAACGAACAGAUCGCACGGAUCUCUCACUUUAGGAAAUUAAAUUGUGAAAAAUUGUGCAUUCCGUUUCGAGAAGUUCCCUCUUCUUCGUCGAGUGAUAUAAAAACAUGGAAGACAUAGAACGAUGCAGAAGGGAAGGGACAUAUUUCUUUUUCAACAAGGUUUCAUUGAUAAAAAGGAAAAGAUUGUUUGAACAGAACCGUUUUUAUCACAAAAGAGAUCAUCGUUCUCUAUCUUCCUCAAGAUGAAUCCCCUCGCUAUUCCACGACAAUAAUCGACGGUCUACAAUUAUAUAUCAACAGCGCCGAGUUGUUUUAUCGUUGUACAUAUGUAUAUAGCCCGUACUUAUUAAUUUCGCUAAGCCUGUAUCACCUCUGAACGCCGUCGUCCCUAUGGACAGCCUUAAGGUCUAACUAUCGACGUUGUAUCCGCGUUAAAAUCGUAGGCAUUCAUGCACGAUCCGAAGCCGAGAACACGGCCAAUUAACGACAGCCACCGAAUACGUUUUCGUAGAGCUAUAGGCGAAUAGCACGUAGGCGAAUUAAUCUUGCGUGAACGGAGGCUUCGGAUGUUCCGUUGGACGAUAUUAUUGUGAUACUCAUAGAGCGAACGAGAGAAGGAGUGCGAGAGAGAAUAUCGUAGAGUUUAUCCAUCGUGACACCCUCUUUGAUAAGUUACGAGCCGAUUAAUCGAUCGUUUCAGCCAGCGAUCGGCCUGAAAAAAUAAUUCGUUCGUCGAUUAAUUCACUGGUCUUUUUUUUAAGAUUUCUCAAUGAUUUUCAACAGUUUCAUAAAUAUUGCAGGAAAAAUCAGUUAUUUCGUUGAUGAUGUUCAUAAAUGCUGAUCAAGUGAAUUAAAAAGAAGAGAACGAUGUAUUUUUUUCUGUAGACAGAGGGCGCGUACGGAGGAUUUUUGCCAACGACGAGAAGCGACAAACGACACGGUCGCACGAUCGAAGCGACGUAUAAUGUAAAUAGAUCCACAGUACAUAGAUGCAGAUACUUUCCUGCCCCUUUUUUUUUUUUUUUUUUUUUUUUUUUUUUUUGGAUCUCCCUCACCUAUAUCCUCCUAUCUUCUCCCUGUUAGAUGUGCAAUUUUUAUUUCUUUUUUCUCUUCUCUCUCUUAGUUCCAAGCGUGUGACAACGCGAUCAACGACGCACGAAAAGCACACGUGUUACUAGACUUUCAUCGAGGAGAAGAUCGCAUAAACUCGUAUUAGGCAUACGUAAGCUGUAACGGAAGAAAAAUUUUUAUAACAGAUAGUUUAUUUUAUAAAGAAAUCUAUAUUAUUAUACAAAAUAUAUAAAAGCGAUGGAAAAAUAUAUAUAUAUAUA